AUACCCGCUCUGCCGGGCUGUAGCUACAGAGCCAAAGAGGAAGAGAAGAUGGCGAGCUUACACCACUUUUGUUCUGCUCAUUUUGCGUUUUUGCUCUUUACUGUGUCGGUGUUAGUGUCGGUGCAUGCCUCGGCUGAUCGUACAAAGACUGUGGAAUUCAAUGUGAAACCAGGAGGAGUGGUGCACACCUUCACUGAGGGGAUUAGGGAGUAUGAAUGCUCGUUUACUUAUGCUUCACAAGGGGGAACCAAUGAGCAAUGGCUAAUGAGUGUGGGUCUGAGUGACGAUGACCGGCUGUUUUCCUGCUCCGUGUGGAGGCCCCAGGGGAAAUCGUACCUGUUUUUCACUCAGUUCAAAGCUGAACUGAAAGGAACCAAAAUUGAAUAUGCCAAUGCAUAUUCGCAGACGGCAGCAGCGGGAUUAAGUGACGUGCCUUUGAAGCCAGAGGAAUUUACUGUAACAGACUCAACAGUGACCCAUACAGAUGGAAAAUUCAGUGCUGAACUCUCCAAGCUGACAGCCGUUGGACGGACACGACAUGACGAGCUGUAAUUGGCCUGACUUUUCUGUGGCUGUAUUUUCAACCAGCAGAGCACCUUGAUGAGCUCCAGGAGAAGCCUCUUGGUCUCAGCUCUUUUGUAAAUGAAGGAUGGAUUAAGGGGAGAUCUUCAUGACUGACGACCAGAAAUUGAAGUGGGGUGAUUCUGCUUUUGCUUGUGCAGCACUUUGGUGCCAGUACAUAAACUACAGUACCUGCUAUGAUAACGAUGGGUUUAUAUGUGAAAAUACAACAUAAGAUUAAAAAACAGCAAGGGAUCUGUUGAGUAUUCAAAUUUUUUACUACAUAAUGUCCUAGUUAAAAUUCUGCCAUAAGAUAAAGUGCUUCCACUGUUGUUUCUUAGUUACUGAGGCUGUGAGAUUUGUGGAAAGCACAUCUGUUGUGAUCCAACAGGAAUGUAUGUAAAUGUGUAGAGGAUUGGUGUUGGGGGGGGGGGGGUUUGUAGAGUAUAGAUAACAUGUUUAGAGUAGAGAGGGAUUUAUCCAUCUUGUGUAAUCCUGAGAGGAAAGUGAGUAAUCCUCAACAGCGUCAUUGCACUCGAAAAACAAUUACAUUUUCCUCAAUCUCACUCUGUUCUAGAUAACUGCGUGUGUUUCAUCCUAUAAAUCACCAAUUAGGACCACUUUCAUAACUUUCUGUUCUCUUUUUGGUUAGAGGGGAUACUUGGAUAACUGACCAGAUUGCAGCUUAAUUAAAAAGAAAUUUAAAUGCAGAUUGAAGAUCACAUUGUGAUUACUUGUUUUCAGACAAAUGUUAAAGCAAAUGCAACCAUCAUUAUUUUAUGUUACGUAACUGCUUCUUCUCACAGGGUAAUUCGGCCACUUUACAACUAUAUCAUGUCAUAUCAGGUUUAACCCAGAAUUUAUUCAUCAUAAGGCAAGCACCAGCAUCAGGAUCAAAGAGUAUAGACAGUAUGAUGAAGAGAUGCUAUUCCAUAUUCCUGAGCCCUUAUUGUAACUUUUACUUUCAUCCUUCUGUGCCAUGUGUGGAUCAGUGAGGAUUGUGCAGGUUUCAGAUGUACAUCCCUAUGAUUACAGUCCCCCCCCCCAUCCCUUAUGCGGUGUGUAGGAUCAGCUUUAUCUUCCUUACAUUGAUCCAGCCCUCUUAGAUCCAUACAGGAGUCCAGAAGAUGAGUUCUGGGGGUUUGAUUUCAGAUUUGAGGAUUUUGCUGAUUUGAUUCUGAGGUGGGAUUACUCACCGAGA